GUGAUUAUCAUACACUGGGAAAAAAGACAAAGGAAGUGUUUUGUAUUUUAAAUUGGGCACCUAAACAGAAAUUACAAUUUUAUUUAUUUUUAUUUUUAGAAAUUAUUUUAAUUUUUUUAUCUUUAUUGUUGAAAUAUUACAUGCCCCCUUUGGCCCCCAGAAACUGCAAUUUUAAUAUGAAGAAGGGAAGAGGAAGAACAAGCCGGAUCAGAAGACGAAAACUCUGCAGUUCUACAUCAAGAGGAGUGAAUGAAAGCCACAAGCCUGAAUUUAUAGAACUUAAGAAGUGGCUGAAAGAUAGGAAGUUUGAAGAUACAAGCUUAAUACCUGCUUGUUUUCCAGAAACAGUUAGUAAAAGCCACAGUCCUGGGUUUUCCUGGACGGAUUCUUCACGAGGGGAUCAGAGCAGACGGGAGUGAGGUGCUGUGCCGAGGCCGGUCUCCCAGGGUCUCUGCUUGACAAGGACAGGUACAGGCAGAGGGAUGAUGAGCAAGACGGCCCUGCAGGAGGGACAGGUGAUUAUUUCGUUGCCUGAGAGUUGCCUGCUCACCACGGACACAGUGAUUAGGAGCUACUUAGGGGCGUACAUUGCUAAGUGGCAGCCUCCUCCAUCUCCUCUGCUGGCUCUGUGCACCUUUUUAGUCGCAGAAAGGCAUGCUGGGGAUCGGUCUCCCUGGAAGCCGUACCUGGAGGUUCUGCCGAAGGCCUACACCUGCCCUGUUUGUUUAGAGCCAGAAGUGGUGAAUCUUCUUCCCAAAUGCUUGAAGGCGAAGGCCAGCGAGCAGAGAACCCACGUGCAGGAGUUGUUUACUUCCUCCAGAGACCUUUUCUCUUCCCUGCAGCCUCUGUUUUCGGAGGCUGUUGAGAGCAUCUUCAGCUACGGAGCCUUCCUGUGGGCCUGGUGCACGGUCAGCACCAGGGCCGUGUACAUGGAGCGCGGGCGGAGGCCGUGCUUCUCCGCAGAGCCGGACACCUGCGCGCUCGCCCCGUACCUGGAUCUGCUGAAUCACAGCCCAGAGGUCCAGGUAAAAGCAGCAUUCAGUGAGGAAACUCGCUGCUACGAGGUGAGGACGGGCUCAGGCUGCAGGCCGUACGAGGAGGUGCUCGUCUGCUACGGCCCGCACGACAGCCAGCGGCUGCUCCUGGAGUACGGCUUCGUCCCCCGCCGGAACCCCCACGCCUGCGUCCGCGUCUCCCCAGAUAUGCUUGUUAAAUAUCUCCCAUCAACAGAUAAACAGAUGAACAAAAAGAUGUCCAUUUUAAAGGAUCAUGACUUUAUAGAAAAUCUGACGUUUGGAUGGGACGGGCCGUCGUGGAGGUUGCUCACAGCUCUCAAGUUGUUAUGUCUGGAGGCCGAAGAAUUUCCACGCUGGAAAAAAGUACUUCUUGGGGAAAUAAUUUCAGAUACAAAUGAGAAGACAAGUUUGGACAUAGCCCAGAAAAUAUGCCACUAUUUCACAGAGGAAGCUAAUGCUAUGCUUCAAAAGGUGUGUCACAUGAAAGAUGAAGAAGUGGCUUUGAGAGACCAGCUCACUUUGGUUGAAGCAUUGUGGGCAGAGGGGCUGAAGGUCCUCCGGGUGUCCGCCGAGACCCUGAGCAGUUUGCGGGCAGCUCUCCGGUAACUGCCGAAGUCACAGGACCGCCUCCUCUGCGGGGCGAGACUUCUUAACUGUCUUUGCACUGAGGUUCGUUUACCUGGAGUCCUGUACACGUGACGGAUGUUUCUAUAAACAACAGUGUACGCGAUCCUGUGCCUUUUCCUCUCGUUUGUGGGCUGGCGCGGCGGCCGCGGCUAGGGCCCAGGACAUUAGCACAUCUGCAGCGGGCAGAGCAGGUUCCGGGCCUGCGGAGCUGGAAGUGAAGAAGGAUGUGCCCUCCUAAGGCUCUUGGAAAACUCAAAAUAAACAGCAGCCCUGAAGGAAGAAGUGUGAAGAAAGUGUGAACUGUACCGAGAGAGGGAGCCGAGGGAGCGGGGAGCCAGCCAGCUCCGUGUGGGGUCUUCUGUCACUGGGUGUCCUGCUGCGGCUGACUCAGCGCUGUGCUGCACGAAGUGCUUCUCGUACCCUUUGACACCAGCAGGGUUAGGGAGCUCUGAGCUGAGCAGAGCACUUCAGAUUUUCCACCCUUGACUUCCCAACUGAAACAGCCGGUUGGGCUGGUGAGGCUGUUCUGCUGUGCUAGCCCUCCGCGGUAGAGGCCCUGCGACGCCGUGUGUCCCGCUGUCUGUGGACCAGGGAACUGGAUGAUCAGAGGGACAUCCAGUGCCGACCAUGACUUGUUGAUGAGUCAUCGUGGUACACAGCCGUGUGCCCUGCCUCCCAGUCCGUCUGCAGCUCAGACCUGGUCAGCCAGUCCCUUCACCACGUUCUGUGACGGCUGCUCACCUUGUAUUCUGCUGCUUUCUGUGGUUUUCGUGGUGUCAGGAGGAUGAGAAACACGCGUGUGCUCACUUGGCCAUUCAGAAUUACAAGUCUUUGCCUUCUUUUUUAAGUUAGGAAGGCGUUUUAGGCUAGUGACUUCUCUCUGAGUGUGGCUCUAUGUGAAGUGUGCUCUAAAUAGUACUUUUUAGAUCUUGGCUGUGGUCUUACACUUUCACAGCGUUUCCAUGGCUGUUAAUGUCCAGGACAGCCGAGGGGUGGGGGGUGUCCGAGCAGCGGUCAGAUCAUCCUGCAGAAGCACACGGCGCUUAUGAGAACCGGACGUCACUGAAACACAAGACAGGAGCGUCUGUUGCAUAUCCGCCUGGGUGCAGAGCCGUGUGUGCAGAGCUUCAGUUGAGCCUGCCUGCCCUGCUUCGCGGGGAACAGGUGGAACAGGCCCCUCCCGCCCUCAGGCCGCUGUUCAGUGUGGUGGGCCUGUGUCCGCGCCUCCCCGCUGUCCGCACCUGGGGGGGCAGCUCACGCCCU